UAAAACAAAAAAAGUCUAAGAACAUAAUCUACCGGUGACUUUAUAUUUGAAGCUGUCACCAGGGGGCGCUACAGUAUAAUGCUUGUUUAUUGUAUUAUAACCACAAACACAUUGUUUUAACGAAAGGAACGUUCAUGUUUAUUGCACUUUCUAGCAUAUUUAUCAAGUAAUUAAUAAUAAGAGAUUAAUAAGUAAAGCAGACUUCAACGUUUAAAGUAAAUAGCUUACAUUGGCGUUGCAAAUAUGGUGCAUAAUAAUGGCAUAUCUCAAUGCAAAUUUUGGCACGUCUGACCAAUGAAUAGACCGAAGGAGGUGCACAUGGUUGAGUUCAGAGAAAAAAAGGUUGUCUCGCUUUCUCACAGCAAACAAGACGAGCAUUGGUGAUAUUCUCAAACUUCACUGUACAUUUGUCCUGUAACAUAGACAGGUUUACUGGGAAGCAUGCAUAUCCAGGACCAUGGUAUCGAAGAUGUUCUUGAAAUGUUCGCUCUUUAGUUUAUCCAAUAGGAAGAAUCAACAUGGGAAAGCUGCAAUCAAAACCUGCUUGUAAACGGAGAGAAAACCCUGAAGGAGAUGCUUUUAAGGAGAUUGACUGUAGUGGUGAAUCGGACAGAAACAAGCAGCAUGUAAUAAGGGGUUCAUCCAGGCCUUUGGUAACAGGAGGGGAGAGAAAACAAAGCCAGGACCUGUGUGCUAGAGAAGCAGAAGAGGAUCGUCUGUCAGAUCAUUACUGUUCCCUGCAGGUAACGCUGCCACCACAGAGAUUAUUGGAGACUUCUCAAUCUUUUCUUUCUUGUCCUGAAACUGGGCGGCAGCAUCAACACAAAGACUCAGUGAAGAGAAGUGGGAAGACUGAUGAAAAGGAGUGUAAUGGGUCCGUCUCGGAUGAAAAUCAGCAAGAGUGGAUGAUUACACUGUACGAUUUGGACAACAAUGGGAAAAUAAAUAGAGAGAAUAAAUUGAGCUUGAUGCAGACGAUCUGUGAGCUGGUUGAAGCUUCAGUCAAACAGCUGGUGCUCAGCAAUGGCACAACCCUCCGUGUCAAGCUGAGCGUCACUCCACUGACCAGCAGAAAGACAUACAGGAAAGAUGCUGGGAUUUCUCUGAAUGAGCGGGAUCAGGUGGACGAGGCAGUACAGUACCAUGCAGAGAAUACGCAAAUCAGAGUACUGGGCUCAGAUGUUCAGUUGAGCGCUCCAGAGCGGAAGCACUACUCUGUAGAUGAAAACACAGAACGCAGGAACCACUAUCUGGAUUUGGCUGGAAUUGAGAACUACACUUCUCGAUUCGAAGAAACAUCUGCAGAGGAGCCUCCACAGGACGUCCCAUCAUCCCGUGUCCAUCAUCGUCGCUCUCAACCUGAGACCUCCACCCCUGUGGAGUCCUCUGGGAAAUCCAUCCCUUUUCUCCGGUCUCUCCGCAGCCGCAGCAAAUCUGUGGGUUACACCACAGCUACAAACAAACCCAGCAAACUCCACGGGCAUCACCCCAUAACCUGGUGCCAUCCGUCCCAACAGCAACAGCACCCUCUGCUGCACAGCUCCAGCAAACGCAUGCGUGCCCGAACCCGAGAAACUACAUCACCGUCCAGAAACCCCCAGGAUAGAGAUUCACACUGCAGGACGGCUCUUCAUCCUGCAGGCGUCAUUCCCGUUCCUCAAAGACAUGAACACCAUCACCAUCAUGAGCAUCACCAUCAUCACCACCAUCAUACCACCCGGCGUAAGCCUGACCGAACCACACACUCUCAUUAG